UGUUUCUCAAGCAGAAGGCUGUUACAGCUGUGAAUGCGUGGGACCAUGGAAGAAGGAGACAGGCCAAAACUCAGGUACUUGCUGAAUGGAGACGGGCAGCUUUCCAGUGGCCACGGGAACGUAUUGGACAUAUAGAGAAUGUCAAAUGCAUGCUCGGUUACGUGUGAACUCAGAACCCGCUUCGGUGAAGAGUCUAUCCUACAGGAACUACGACGCCAGUUGUGUGAGAUGCGGGAUUUCCUUGAGAUCGAACUUUCCCAUCAUAGAGAGGUCCUGGACAAUCUCAACAACCAAACGGCGAAGGCAUCAUUUCAAUCGGCUUCCCGUGAUGAGCAGUCGGAAGAGCAAGUGGAUGAGAGUGAAUGUGAAAUUGAGGAAAGACAAAGCAACACGUUCUCCAACGAUGUGGUUCAAACUGGCGAAAAUAUUCCCGCUCAAGCUGAGUCUGGUGGGCGGAGUUCCUUUGUAGAAGCUGCACUGCUUCCCAUUAAGGCAAAAGCCCAGAUGCAAUCCUACAAGUUACGAGUCAGCAAAAAUGCAGUUGCUGCGCGGCAGGAGGUUCUUGAAAAAACUUGGCGCACAAAGGUGAACGACACAGUCUUUUCGCCAGGUUUUUCUGGGUUCAUUACCGUGCUAAUCCUGGUGAAUGUCAUUCUUCUCGGUGUUGAAGUUGACGUCUCUGCUUCACUGGAAUUGUCUGAGGUGCCCAGUUGGUUUGGCACAGUCAAUGCAAUCAUCGUAUUUGUGUUUGUUAUUGAAAUAGGCCUGAAACUGUUUGCAUUGGGAUGCCGAGAAUUCUGGCGGGGCCGUGACGCUACAUGGAAUAUCCUGGAUUUUGUGAUUGUGUCCAUUUCGGUGGCUGAUGUUUCUCUUGACCUUUUGGCGCACAUGCUUUCCUCUUCGUCUCUGAACACCGGCCAUUUGCGGCUGGUGCGAUCGAUCCGCUUGGCCCGUGCUCUUCGAGGCGUGAAAGUCGUACGUAUCUUCCGCUACAUCACUGCUCUGCGAACAUUGGCUUUGUCCAUCAUCAGCACGAUGGGUUCUUUGUUUUGGACUCUGAUGCUGUUGAUCAUGGUGUUUUACUUCUUUGCGGUGGUGAUUACCCAGCUGGUCACAGACCACUGCCGCAACUUAAGGAGUGAAACUGAUGCGAAAUGCUCGGAUCUACUGCAAAAAUACUGGGCUUCUGUUGGCGAAAGCAUGCUGACACUCUUCAUGGCGAUCACCAACGGUGUGAGCUGGGAUGAUGCGAUUCGCCCGCUCCGAGAGUUUUCUUACGUCGCCGUAGCAUUUGUGUGUGCCUAUAUAACAAUCGCUGUGUUUGCCAUACUCAACGUUGUUACUGGCGUUUUCUGCAAUACCGCCAUAGAGUCCGCCCACGCAGACAAAGAAGUGGCGACCAUCAAGCAAGUCCACACAAAGGAUCAACAGGUGGAAGCCUUGCGCUCGGUCUUCCAAGAAAUUGACAGCACCCACUCGAGUGAGGUGAGCUUUCAGGACGUGCAAGAUGCCAUUUCGAGUGGUGAGCUUUCCAGCUUUAUGGAAGCCAUGGGCAUCUCCACAGAUGACAUCUGGACUUUGUGCAUGCUUUUGGACGCCGACAAGAACGGCCGGAUCGACUUAGAUGAGUUUGUUUCGGGCUGCAUGCAGUUGCAUGGACCCGCGAAAAGCUUGCAGUUGGCAAAGAUGAGCAUGGAAAAUAAGUUGACUCGCAGGGCGAUCAGGACCCUCACCGAGGAGAUGUUGGAUUUGAAAAGUUCUUUGAGGGGCACAAGAUCUGCCGCCGCCCCUCGACGAGAGGUGUUCUGAGAUCUCUGAAGUCAUGAUAUGCAUUCUUUCUUAGCACUUUUGAAGGAGAAUCCUUUCUAAAGCAAAGUUUCACGUGUCAUGUUUGAGUUUCAGCAUGUUGGCUUGGAUUUCCUCAAAGAGGAUCCUUCCUACUUUGAUUGAAUUGCAAAAAAUACUUUGAGCGGAUGAUGCAGCUGCGCAGAAUUGGGAGAAUGAUACGACUCGCUCGAUUGUGUGCAAAUGUGUUGCCAUCCCUGACUCAAUGACAUUU